CCGCAGGGAUGGACCUUUCGGCCAACCAAGAUGAGGAGGGUGACCAGGAGACCUACCAGCUCGAGAUCAACAAGGACACCAAGAAAUGCGCCUUCAGGACCUACACUGGGAAGUACUGGACCCUCACCUCCAACGGGGGCAUCCAGUCCACCGCCUCCACAAAGAACGCGAGCUGCUAUUUCGACAUCGAGUGGUGCGACAAGCGCAUCACCCUGAAAGCUGCCAAUGGCAAGUACGUGACGGCCAAGAAGAAUGGGCAGCUGGCGGCCUCCAUGGAGACAGCAGGCGAGACGGAGCAUUUCGUGAUGAAGCUGAUCAACAGGCCCAUCAUCGUCCUCCGCGGCGAGCACGGCUUCAUCGGGUGCCGGAAGGUGACCGGCACCCUGGACUCCAACCGCUCCUCCUACGACGUCUUCCAGCUGGAGUUCAACGACGGGGCCUACAACAUCAAGGAUGCCACUGGGAAGUACUGGAUGGUGGGGAGCGAGUCGUCCGUCACCAGCAGCAGCGACACCCCCGUGGACUUCUUUUUUGAGUUCUGCGACUAUAACAAAGUGGCUAUCAAAAUCAAUGGCAAAUACCUGAAGGGCGACCAUGCCGGGGUCCUCAAGGCAUCCGCCGACGCCAUUGACGCCUCCACCCUCUGGGAAUAUUAA